UCCUAAUGACUGACGGACCUUGCGCGUCGACGCUCGAUGACUAGCCAGUCAAAGCUAAAUCGAAAGCCGCGGUCCGCGUUGCAAGCUCUCCGCUACCUGCUGAUCGUCGUCUCCCCCCGCUGCUGUUGCCGACCUGGCGGAGGCAGCGCCUGAGCAGUUCCUGUGCCCCCUCUCGCGCUCAAUAAUGGGGGACCCUGUCGUCCUCGCCACCACAGGGUGGACCUUCGAGCGGAGCUGCAUCCUUGCCUGCCUCGACCUCGGCAUCGUCCCUCCCGAACUCUCCCUCCAACACCCUUCUUCUUCCUCCGUCACUUCGUUGCCCUCUUCGACGCCCGUGCUGAUCCCCAACGUCACUCUCAAAUCCGCCAUCCUCCAUUGGAGCGAGGGCCGUGGUCUCCCCCGCCCUCUCCCCAUCCCUCCCGACGCCGCCCGCGCCCUAGUCGGCCACCUCAUAUGCCCCGAUUCCCCUUCUUCCACUCUCGGGGUUGCUUCUCGUUCUCCUCCUGGUGAAUUGGCUUCCGGUGAUCGCGGUGGAAAAGAAAAAGAUAAAGUCUUGCGGACGAGCUCGCUCCGUCUCGUUCUGGAGAACAAAAAGGAUCAAUACUUGAAAGUUUCAGCGUCAUCUUCUAGAUCACUGAUUAAAGAAGACGACGAAUUGGGGUUGAAAUCGAGUGAAAAAUAUAUCAAUUUCAAGGAAAACUCUCCUUUUUUUUCGCUGCCCUCCACCACCAGCUCCUCAACUUAUCACACUUCUUCCUCUUCCUUAUCCUCUCCCUCCGUGGAGAUCGAGAAUACAAAAUCUGCGAUCUUGACUUCCUCAGACAUUUUGUCUCCUACUAUUUCCGAAAUCGAUGCUUUCGAAGAUGAGGUCCUGGCGAAGUUGACGGAGGACGACAUUAAGGAGCAGGAGUUCAUAGCUGUUUUCCUCCGCCAUGCCACCAGAGAGGAUCGCUUCUGCCGGAUCAAACUCUGUAGCCGCAGGCUACUCGCUGCCCUCCGCUCCAUGGUCCUCUCUCGCUGUGCCGCUGUCCAGAUUAACGCCGUCGCCGUCGUCGUGAACCUGUCGCUGGAGCCAGACAAUAAAGUUUCAAUUGUGCGUUGUGGUGUGGUAUUGCCGCUCAUAGACGUGCUCAGGCACGGCCGGCCAGAGGCCCAAGAGCACGCCGCCGCCGCCUUCUUCAGUCUUGCUCUUGAGGAAGAGAACAGGGUGAUCAUUGGCUCCCUAGGCGCCAUCCCGCCGCUGCUUGUCCUGUUUGCGUGCCCUUCCAGUGCCGGCCUCCGCGCUCGUCGCGACGCCGGGAAGGCACUCUACUACCUCUCCCUCUCAGAUCCUAAUCGUCCCAAGAUCGCACAAAGCGCCGGUGCUGUGCGUGCGCUUCUCGCCGUUGCGUCGGCGGGUGGAGAGGAGGAGACAGCGACAGCGAUUCAAGCCUCGCCACGGAGGCUGGGCCCUGGCCUGCAACGACUGGCGAUGAGGGUGAUUAGUCACCUGGCGGCCUGCAGUGAGGGGCGCAGCGCGCUGAUGGAUGCCGAGGCUGUCCCGGCGGUGGUGGCCUUAAAGAGAAGUGACGCGGCGGUGGCAAUGGAGGAGCACUGCGUAGCGGCUCUCUUUGGAAUGAGCCGGGACCGAUACAGGUUUCCACGUUUGGCCAGGGCAGCGGAGGCAGAGCAGUUGCUAAUGAGGGUGGCAGAGGGGGGGAGCGACGACGUCCGGAGAAGAAUGGCUAGGAAAACGCUUCGGGCGAUAAGGAGGGAGGACGAUGAGGAGACGGCGCCGGCUCCGACGAAAGGCCCCUCCGCUGAAGAUGGCAACAGUUUGGCGAAUUCGGAUUGGUUGGUGUCGUUUCGGAGCGGUUACACCGCCGCUGGUAAUGGAUCCAACAAGUCGGCCGCUGCAUAUAAACAAUAAAUAGAAUAUACUUAAAUUUACUCAGUCAACACCAAAAUAAACUAGUGCAGACCUACUGAUCUCAUUUUUCUUUAUCCUCGUAUCUCAUUCUCGAUCGGAUGGAUCAAAUUAAAUCUCAAGAUAUUAUGAUAUCUUUAAAAUAUGUACAAUAUUUUC